CAUAGUAAUGAAGCAAAUGGAAAUGAAAUGGGAAGCUAUUUUAAAAACAGUAGAGAUUAUAGUCGCGUAUUGCGUUGGCAGUAAUCUUUUUUAUUCUGGACUUCACCUAGCAGGUGCCAGCCAACUCAAGCUAGGAUAAACAGAACUCUCGUACUUUUGUUGCGUAAAACGACAAGGACAUCAAACACAAUUGUCGGACAGUAAAGAASCAAUCAAGUGCGACAUCGAGGAUGACUUCACAACUGCAUGAAUCGCUGUGGUGUUCAGCCUAUGGGGUUGUAGCAUUCUUUGUCAUCCUCGGCAACAGUCUCUCUAUCUACCUAUUUGUAAGCAACGUGAGGCUUAGACGCCUGCGCACAUCAAAUCUCUUAAUCAAUCUUUCCAUUGCUGAUCUUCUGGUGGGCAUGRUAACCUUGCCUAUGUACAUGGCUGUGGUUUGGCCUGGUACAAACUAUGCCAUGCAAAGAAACAUUCCCUUCUACGAGUCGUUUUUGAUUAUCGAUGUGCUAACAGGGUUUGGUAGCGUAUUUGGGCUGACUGCGAUUGCAUUGGAAAGACUCUAUUCUGUAUUUUACCCCCAUCGUCAUCGACGCGCAACCAAAACUAUGUACUUUUCAAUGAUUGGAAUCACGUGGGCUUUAGCCCUAGUACUCACCAUACUCAGAGCUCUAUACGGCAACAAAACCAUCUCAUUGGAUGGUUAUUUUAUAUGUGUAAUGACGUCACUUACAGUGUCACUGCUGGUCAUUUGUAUUGCAUACGCAGCUGUUUGGAUCAAAGUGAACUUUAAGCAGCCACAAAACGUUAGUCGRACCUCUACGGAGCGUAAAAAUGAGAAUAAACUAGCCGUUACUUUGGCUAUUAUUACAAUCAUUUUUAUCUUCACGUGGAUGCCUUUUCACAUACUGAACAUUGUGAUGUUCUUGUGUGUAAAAUGUCGUACAAGUGUGCCAUACACAUAUCUGAACUUUUUUAAACUGUUACACUAUAGUAAUAGUCUUGUCAACCCAAUUGUUUACUCUUCGCGAUUCCCAGAGUUCAGACGGACAAUUAAAGCUAUGUUUUGCUGUCGGUCGACAGUGGUUGAGCCAUUCAGUACCCAUAUUGGACCAUGCAGUCAAUUAUCUGUACAGCCUACCAGGCAACGAGAACGACAGUCACUGAGCAGUGUCUAGCAUUUGAUAGUGGGAACCCUGCGUAUAAAGUACCCAUAUUGGACCAUGCAGUCAAUUAUCUGUACAGCCUACCAGGCAACGAGAACGACAGUCACUGAGCAGUGUCUAGCAUUUGA